CCCUGAAGGAUUUGAGCGUGGUCCAGCCCUUUGAGUUUUUCCCCGACCCCGUCUACCACAAGUUUGCAGACCAGGACAACGUCCAGAAGUUGCAGCCCGGGCAGACCGUCCUUCUGGAAAUUCGGGGUGAGAAUCUGACCCUUACCUACAUGGAGGGGGAUGUCAAUGUGACCAUUGGCGACGCAGUCUGCAAAGACGUGACCCUGAUCGCCACCAGACUCACAUGCUCCCUGCCGACUGAACAACCGCAGAGCAAGACGGGCGCAGAAUUCCCUGAAGUUGUGGUUCAUCACGGUAAUCUCAAUUUCACCAUCGGCCAGCUGGAAUACGUUUCGGAGAACUACCUGGUCUACAUCCUGAUGGGAGUGGGCAUCUUCAUCGUCGUCGUCAUCGCUUUCAUCGCUGUGCUCGUCUGGUUAUGCAAGGUCAGUCCCAGCUACACCACCGUCCAGGAGAUGGAGACCCAUCGGGAACAACUGGAUCUACAGGCAGCCCAGGAAUCCAAAGACGUUGAGGCCACAAACUUGCGAGGGGACAGCGAGUGAAAGAUACCACAGCUCAGAUCAACCACUUGCCGAUGGUAUUAUUUUGGACCGUAAAUGUCAAUUUCUGAAAAACAUAAGAUGUUGCAGCUAGCAGGUUGAAAUCCUGUCUGAAUAAUUGUCUUUCAGCUUUUAAAGCACUUUCAGCUUUCAUAUUUUGUUUGCAUCUUGUUGAUGGUGGCAUUUAAUGUCCUUGCAAUUAAUUUAUUAUCCAGAUUGAAUUACAUAGCACAGUAUACAUGUUUUUUAGUAAAAUAAAUUUGCCAAAUUUUAGAAUUAUUCCAUUAUACACAGUUAUAUCCAUGCCGUAGAUUAAUUAUUCUGUGUUUUACAGAUAUUGCCAAGUCAGGUGUCACCUGGACAAAUAGAAAAUUGAAGUGUGAUCUACCUGCAAAAAAAUUGAUAUCAAAUACCGUCACAUUCACUGCAGAAAUAUAGGUAAAACUUUAAUGUUUUCAAAAUUUACCAUGUGAAAAUUUGGAGGGCUUACGUUUCGAUCUUAGCAGAAUCUUUCUCGAAGGCAAAAUGACGAGUGGACAGGACAAACAAGCAAACGGGGUACCAACCAAGCAUGUCAAAAUUAGCUGGAUGUCAAAAAUUUGACGUCUGGUAGUGCAGUUCCUCCAUAUAAAUUAAAUAGAGUCGAGAGAUCAUCAAUCAAUCAGUCCACAAUCCAUCUAUCUGUCAAUCAACUGAUCAGUUGAUCAAUCAAUCAUCAAAGUAAUGCAGUACUCAGCCUUCAAUAAGACUCUGAUUUGUCCCUGCCCUUGUCCUUAUAGGGCCCAUAAUCAAUCUGUAGGAAGGUCCGUAUGGUUUUAUCACAUUAUCUUCUUUACAAAUGCUAACAAGCCUUGGAAAACACCCAAAAAAUUGACUGUUUUGAGAGAGAUUUGGUGUUGCAUCUGUCAUGCAGCUCAUCUCGCCCGUUUUAAAAGUGACGCCAGGAAAAAUGAGGGCCAGGAAGAUGGCUGAACAGACUGAACCUUUAUUGACAAGCGCAGGUGGCGAUGUCAAACAUUUGCAGAAAGUUUGCCCCCAGUUAGCAACAACUGUUGCCUCAAAGUCAUAGUUAUCAUGUGUUGUUUUCAUAAUUGCAUGAGUUUUUAAACUUUGAGAAUAAGCAUGUUUGGUUUUGUACGUAGAGCCAGUCGUGUUGCCAACCGUGGGUAGGGAAAACCUGCCUUUUGACAUAGAAAAAAAGAAACCUAUUUGUGACUCACCAUCCCCAAACCAGGCUGAAGUCGGUAUUUGUGAUGUUGGACAAUU